AUGUCUGGCCAGACCGCAGCCCAGGAGGAAUUCGCAGACUUCCUAGCCAAGAACGCAGACCACGAGGACAAGAUACACCCAGAAGACCGCGCCGACGCUGCCCGGGAAGACAGAGACAGAGACAGAGACAGAGACCACGACGACGAGGACGAGGAAGACCGCUACCGCUCCUCCCAGAUCGACGCCGCCAUGCGCAUGCCCACGUUCGACCACACCAGCCCCUCCGUGGGCGUGAAGCUGCCGCCCGCAAGCUUCGACUCGGGCAGGGCAACGGGCGUGAAGGGCGUCAUUGCCGACGCGCGCAGCUAUGAGGAGGCACGCCGCAGCAAGUGGACCAACAGGGUCCGCGCGGUGCGGAGGAGCAUGUUCGGCAUGGACAGCCUGGCUAGCGCGGCCGCCAACAAGAGCGAGUCGGAGCACAGCGAUGACGACAAGGACGAGGAGAGCUUCCUGCAGCAGUGGCGGGAGUCGCGGCGGCGCGAGCUCGAGGCCGAGUCCAAGGGGGGUUCCAUCCGCAACAGGAGGACGAGCCCCAGUGUGAGGAUGUAUGGCCGGCUGGACGAGGUCGAUGCCAUGGGCUAUCUCGAUGCCAUUGAGAAGGUCGGCAGGGAGACCGUCGUUGUUGUCUUUGUGUAUGACCAUGAGUCUGAUGUAUCACAUGUCAUUGAGUCUGCUCUACGACCACUGGUGAGCACACAUCCCACGGUGCACUUUGUCAAGGUCCACUACGAGGACAUUGAGUUCGACAAUGCUGGUGUACCGGCUAUGCUAGCGUACCGCAACCAGGGCGACCUGUUUGCCAACCUGACUGGUCUCAUUGAGAUGAUCCCGGACGAGGAAGAGUUUGACAGCAGCUCGCUGCGCAGGAUCUUCCAGAGGCACGGCAUUCUGUGA